AUGUUGUUUCUAUAUCGUAUUCUAUAUUCAAUUUUUAUCAACAAUUUAUUUGUUUCCUAUAACCCAACAUUAUGCGAAACAUACAAAUAUACUAGAGAAUAUCUUCUCAACAGUAAGCUUUUUAGCCUUGAACCACCACAAACUGUCUUUUCUCUUGACAUUCAACCCAUUAGUUAUCCUGACAAAUGCGAAUUAAAACAAUUACAUUCGGUUUCUAGACAUGGAUCAAGAUAUCCAGCUCCAAACAAUAUCAUAGCUUUUGACGAAUUGGAAAAAAUAUUUGCUAAUGUUUCUGUUGCAAAAGAAUGGUAUAAAAAUCCUUUCCCCAUGAGGAAAAAUUAUCAAUUGAUCACACGAGGGGAACUCGAACCUUAUUUUGAUGGUUUACAAUCUCGUAAGCGAUACGCAAAAUUUUGGGAUGGAGUUGAAUAUGAUCCCGAAGUUAUAAAAUUCCAAAGCACUCAAACUUCAAGAACCGGUGCGUCGAUGAUGUCUUUUUCUCAAGGAUUAUUUAAUGGCAAGGGUUCUUUAGACACUUGCAAAAGUCAACCCAUAUAUUAUUGGAAUUUACCACGGGAACAAGAUGAUAUAUUAUCUAUGUAUUACGCCUGUCCACGUUGGAACGAGACCGUUUUUGCAAGUAAUAAAUUACUUGAACAACGCUAUGCUUACGGUAACAAGACUGUAACGCCAAUAGCCAAGCGACUUUCCGAAACAUACCACAUUAGCCCACCACUUGAUCCACAUCUA